AUGAUCAAGAUUGGGAAUCUCUAUCUAAUCGCGGCCAUCUCCGUCAUCGGGGGUGGCCUUUUCGGCUUCGAUAUCUCGUCGAUGAGCGCCAUCAUCUCGACGCAGCCAUACCUAUGCCAGUUCGACGAGCAGGGUAUCAACCCAGACAAUGGCUUGUGCCAAGGGCCGACCCCGAACACACAGGGUGGUAUCACUGCAGCUAUGCCCGGUGGCUCGUGGCUGGGUGCCCUGGUUUCUGGUAUUGUCUCUGAUAGGUUCGGCCGCAAGACCUCUAUUCAGGUCGGCUCCGUCAUCUGGGUCAUCGGCUCGAUUAUCUGUUGCGCCUCUGUCAAUAUUCCCAUGCUUAUCGUUGGCCGUGUUAUCAACGGUUUCAGCGUAGGAAUCUGCUCCGCGCAGGUUCCUGUUUAUAUCACCGAAAUGGCACCCCCUUCGAAGCGUGGUCGACUGGUCGGCAUGCAGCAGUGGGCAAUUACAUGGGGAAUCAUGAUCAUGUUCUUCAUUUGCUAUGGCUGCAGUUACAUCAGUGGUGCAGGAGCCUUCCGAGUUCCUUGGGGUCUACAGAUGAUCCCUGCCAUUCUCCUGUUCUUGGGCCUCCUCGUCAUGCCGGAGUCUCCUCGUUGGCUGGCGAAGAAGGACCGUUGGGAAGAGGCAAAGGAUGUACUCACGCUGGUGCACAGCAAGGGCAACCCCAACUCAGCUUUCGUCGCCAAGGAGUUGGCCGAGAUUCGUGAGGUUGUCGAAUUCGAACGCCGGAAUGCCGACGUCAGCAUCUUUGAGCUUUUCUCUCCCCGAGUAAUCAACAGAACUCACAUUGGAGUAUUCACUCAGAUAUGGUCACAGUUGACCGGCAUGAAUGUUAUGAUGUACUAUAUCACAUAUGUCUUCACAAUGGCAGGCCUGGGAUCGAACGUGCUUCUCCCCAGCGCCAUUCAGUUCAUCAUCAACGUCUGCUUGACCGUUCCUGCACUCAUUUGGAUGGAUGCCUGGGGUCGCCGCCCAACUCUAUUGGUUGGCGCAUUCUUCAUGUGUCUGUGGAUGUGCAUCAACGCGGGUCUCUUCGCUGUGUACUCACGGCCCCCGGUCCCUGAGGACCACUUCACCACACCCUCCGAGUCUAUGGCAAUCAGUGGUGCUCCUGCAAAGGCCGUCAUUGCCUCUACCUACCUCUUCGUCGCGUCGUACGCCCCAACAUGGGGCCCUGUAAGCUGGACUUACCCGCCAGAGCUGUACCCUCUUCGCCUCCGUGGAAAGGCGGUCUCUCUUGCGACAUCGGCCAACUGGGCAUUCAACUUUGCUUUGGCCUAUUUCGUACCACCGGCGUUUGAGAACAUCACCUGGAAAGUCUAUGUCUUAUUCGCAGUCUUCCUCUUUGCCAUGUUCUGGCACGUCUUCUUCCUGUUCCCUGAGACGGCCAACAAGCCAUUGGAGGAGGUCGAGGCUAUCUUCGACUACAGCCCACCUGGAUCCAUCAAGCUCAUCGGUACGCCAGCGUGGAAGACGCACAAUGACCGCAGCAUCAUCCGCCAGGAACGUGACAUGGUCAGCUCGGAGGAGAAGAUCGGCUCUGCUGAGCACAAGGACAGUAUGUAG